AUGAUCGUGAAAGCAGGCUUCCGCAACACGGCGACACCGCAAAAACGACAUCGUCUCAACUCGUCUGCAACUGGCACCUCUACUCUGUUUGCUUUUGCCCGAGACCGGGCGACGCCGAGCCUUGACUCACUGCAGGUUGCCAUGGCUGGAUGUCAAAUCAGCGCCCCAGGCGGCUCCAACAAUGACGAAGAGCCAACGGCUGCUUUUGCUGUCAGCUAA